AUGUGGCAAAAUGUAUAUUGAAAAAAGGCGAGCGUAUAUAUUCAGGCAGUUGAAAAUCAGUUGUUUUCCAAGAGAAGCUUCUCGGAAAUAAUAAAAUUAUGGUCGAUACCCCCAAAUUGUCAUCUGAUUGAGCUUUCGUAAUUCAAUUUCCGAACCCUAGUUCCCAAUUUUUCUUACCCAUUAAAUCAUCCAUCUUCGUUAUUUGCAGGUUAGUCAAAUCGAGAACCGUUUUUAAUUCCUUUUCGGUUCGAUUUUGUGGACUGGGGUUUUAGCUGCUCGGAACUGGGUUCUGGGAUUGUUUUUUAAUUAUUGUACAUUCAUUUAACGAUUGCUGUAUAAUUUGCAAGUUUACGUGAAAUUGGAGGGGGAGAUGAGGCAUAAGCAUUCAUUUUACGGCAGAAAAAUCCCUCGAUUUCGAGGGUUUUUCAAUGGACUAUGUACCCUAGUUUUGAUCAUUAUGUUUUACAGUCAUGGUGAUGUAAGUUUAGAGCCAUACUCAUUGUUAUCGAUCCCGGGAUUGAGCUCAAGAGGGGGAUUAUCUGUGGUUAGGAGGAGAAUGGCUGAAUUAAAUGUAGAUUCCAAUGUCAUUGUAAAUGGGACUGAUCCUAGUUAUGUAGAUAGUGGUCAAUCUGAGCUUUGUUUGGGUUUGCUCGAUCAUGAGGGGUACGAAAACAGUUGUGAGUUCUUGAAAGCGCGACCUGAGUGCAAAUUGAAUGGGUUUCUCGACUACCUGGCAUUCUACUACUGCGAUUGCAAUGGUAGCCCUUGGACUUUCUUGUUGUUAGCUAUUUGGCUUACUGCAUUGUUCUAUCUCUUGGGCAACACUGCAGCGGAUUAUUUCUGUUGUUCGUUGGAGAAACUUUCGAGUCUAUUGAAGCUUUCUCCAACUGUUGCUGGGGUUGCCCUGCUUCCGCUUGGAAAUGGUGCUCCAGAUGUGUUUGCCAGUAUUGCAGCCUUUGUAGGGACGGGAACUGGAGAGGUUGGGCUUAAUAGUGUGUUGGGAGGAGCGGUGUUUGUUACCUGCAUUGUUGUUGGUGCUGUUUCCCUUUCUGUAGCUGAUCAGGAUGUCCAGAUUGACAAAAAAUGCUUUAUAAGGGAUAUUAUGUUUUUCAUGUUUACACUUAUGGCGCUUCUCUUGAUCUUGAUUGUUGGUGAAGUGACUGUUGGAGCCACCAUUGUUUUUGUAGCGAUUUACAUAGUGUAUGCCUUUGUUGUUGCUGCUAAUGAGAUUUUGAGGGAGCAAGUGCAGAGGCUGAAAUUGGACGUUGUUACCCCUCUGCUUCCCGUCAAGGGAAGUGUGUUUUCGGGAGGUCAAGACGAUGAGUCUCCAUUUGGCUCAUUGCUUGAACUUGAAACCAAUGGCGAUGGAGCACAGGCUCAUUCUUCCUUACCACAGUGGAUGUGGGCCUCAAACGUGGCAAUAUAUUCAAACCAAGGCAUGAAGAUUCCCGAUGGUGACAAGAAUUUGUGGGGAUGGAAUGAAGAGGAAAGAGAUGCAGAACAAUGGGCACUCUCAUGUUCAAAGAUAUGUGCACUUUUGGAGUUGCCUUUGGCAAUUCCAAGGCGACUCACGAUCCCCUUAGUGGAGGAGGAAAACUGGUCGAGGGUAUAUGCUGUCGGCUGUGCUUUGUUUGCACCAAUUCUUCUGGCUUGCCUAUGGAAUACACAAGAGAACCUGAGUUCUCGAAGUAGAAUAGUUUCGUAUCUCUUGGGUGUUUCAGUUGGUUGUGUGCUCUGUGUUCUCGCAUAUAAGCACACAAGGGCAGAACAUCCACCGCGAAGAUUCUUACUCCCAUGGGUUGUAGGAGGGUUUUUAAUGAGCAUAGUUUGGUUCUAUAUGAUCGCAAACGAGCUUGUUGCUCUGCUUGUUGGAUUAGGUAUGAUUCUAGGUGUCAAUCCUUCCAUCCUUGGAGUGACUGUAUUGGCCUGGGGCAACUCAAUGGGUGAUUUGGUUUCAAAUCUUGCAUUAUCCAUGAAUGGUGGGGACGGUGUGCAGAUUGCCAUGUCUGGAUGUUAUGCAGGUCCCAUGUUCAACACGCUCAUCGGAUUAGGCAUCUCGAUGCUGCUGGGUGCCUGGUAUGAGAGACCUGGCUCGUUUUCUAUCCCACAAGAUCCAAGCUUGUACUACACUUUGGGAUUCCUCUUGACCGGACUUAUCUGGGGGCUCGUCAUCUUGCCCCAUAAUAAUAUGCGUCCUAGCAAGAUGCUUGGAGCAGGCCUCAUCGCAAUUUAUAUGAUAUUUCUCUCCGUUAGGGUGGGAUCUGCUAUGGGUUUUCUUUGACUUGCUGCACUCAAAUGUUGUCAUUCACGGCAGGUACAUUGUAAACGUGAUAACUUCUUAAUGCUGCGACCCCAUUGUAUUUGUACAUGAUCAAGGAGAGAAAUUGACACCUGUACGUUGUAGCUUGUUUGGGUUCGUGUUGUUGAUGGUAAAUCCUUGAUUAACUGCUGCAUUUCUGCUUGUGUUAUAACUUAUAUCUUUGUUCAGCCAAAGGUUUUAGUUUCAUGUAUUUUGUCGACUUUGAAGUAUUUGCUUGAGGUCGAUGCUUGUAUUAUAUUUGUGAACCUUGUAAUAAGCUCUUUUCAUCUUGAGUAGUCUGUUCUCUGCUGUCUGCAUUGACAUCAUAUGUUAA